AUGGAGGCUCUGCAGAGGCAGCAGGCAGCCCGGCUGGCCCAAGGGGUGGGGCCAUUGGCCCCUCCUCGCCCUCCACCACCAAGGCCUCCCCUGCUUGGACCCCGGACCUUGCAAGCCCCUGAGGGGGCCUUGGGUGAGGUUGGGGUUGAGGAAGAGGAGGGUGCUGAAGAAGAGGAGGAAGGAGAGGAAGCUGGUGCAGACGAGGAAGCACCAGAAGAGAGCUGUCCAGGAGCCCAGGGGCCUAGCUCACCUGCCAGCCAACUACCUGGACCCCAUCCCACUGAGUGGACCUAUGAGGAACAGUUCAAGCAGCUGUACGAACUUGAUGCAGAUCCCAAGAGGAAGGAAUUUCUGGAUGACCUAUUUAGCUUCAUGCAGAAGAGGGGGACCCCAGUGAACCGCGUGCCCAUCAUGGCGAAGCAGGUGCUGGACCUGUAUGCGCUGUUUCGCCUGGUGACAGCCAAGGGCGGCCUGGUGGAAGUCAUCAACCGCAAGGUAUGGAGGGAGGUGACUCGAGGCCUCAGUCUACCCACCACCAUCACCUCCGCCGCCUUCACUUUGCGCACACAAUACAUGAAAUACCUGUACCCUUACGAGUGCGAGACGCGAGCACUCAGCUCGCCUGGUGAACUGCAAGCUGCGAUCGACAGUAACCGGCGCGAGGGCCGUCGCCAGGGUUACAGCGCCACCCCACUCUUCAGCAUGGCCGGGCCGCCCCCUCGGGGUGCUCUUAUCCCCACCUCUGGCCCCGUCCCUGUCCCGUCCGCGCCCCCGUCCGGCCCGGGCCCGACUCAGAGCUCCGCCCCCGGCCUGCCAGCGCACGCGUGCGCCCAGCUGAGCCCGACUCCCAUUAAGAAAGAGGAGAGUGGAAUUCUAACCCCCCGAUUGUCAUUGCCUGUGGGUAUGACCCUGGGACCUGUGAGAGAGAAGAUGACACAAGAGGAGCCCCCAGAGAAGAAGGCUGUGCUGAUGGGAUCCAUGGAUCUGCCUCGCCCUGGGGCACCCCCAAAUUUUCUGCCCCGUGGCAAGGUCUCCCUGAGGGAAGAGCGCCUGGAUGGGCCUCUCAAUCUGGCUGGCAGUGGCAUCAGCAGUAUCAACAUGGCCCUAGAGAUCAACGGGGUGGUCUACACUGGUGUACUCUUUGCCCGCCGCCAGCCUGUUCCAGCUUCCCAGAGCCAAACCAAUCCUGCACCCCCAACCCCUACAGGGCCCCUUUCUAGCGCCUCACCCUGA